AUGUCGGCCACCACAACUCCCGACAUCAACAUCGCCGACCAUCCCUCCUCCUCCUCUUCUGCCGAGAAGCAGGUAGCAAAGAAACGUCGUCGAUCCUCUGUCACCGGGCGUACCCGAGACCAACCAACCAAAUCCGAGUCAUUCGGAGGUGCAAUCAUCCGAGCUCUAUUCGGUACUCUCGCAUUCCUCUUCAAACGUCCAGUCCGCUUAUUCCGCCCAGUCAAACUUUCAUCAUGGACAAUCCUAGAAGCGAUGGCCAAACGAGAAGGUCGCACCCUUUCCCUCCGCUACCUUCGCACUUUGCUCCGGCGAGAAAACUCCAACUUUCUCCCGCAUCUACUCUUGCCGCCGUUACUGUUCAAUACUGCGAUUGGGUUUACCCUUUUUGAGGCAUACAGCAUUACCGAGAGUCGGCUACUUGCUAAGUCUAGACGAAAGGUAGAGAGUGGCGAGGAGGGAAAGGAAGGGAAGGUGGAGAAUAAGCCGAAAUGGACGCCACUAUGGAUCGUCACCGCAAGCGGAGCAGUUGCUGGUGCAGCACAGUGUUUUCUCUCUGCUCCACUCGAUAAUGUUCGCUACAUUAUCCAACGGAAUGUCUCUGGUCCAGAUGCGCAUCAUCGACACUCCUCACCAGUCCGCCCCAUUACCACCAUCUCAUGGCGAGCUACACUACGAGCAGCAAUUCUACCCUUUGCACCCGCAAUCGCUCGAGACAAACUGGUUCAAUCGGUCCAAAAUGAAACCAUCGAACGGUCUAAACGCGCUCCCAAACCGACCCUUCGAACUCGGGUAAUGGCUCUGAUCGAACCAGCUACUUCCUCCCUCAACUCCGCAGCUAGUGUUGGAGAGAGGUUCAGUAUGAGUCCGGAGAAGCGGAAAGAGUGGGAGAAAAGACUGAAGAGAUGGAGAGGAGGAGUACAUGGAUCUGGAUUAGCACUGUCGUUGAUUAGGGAUAGUGUUGGGUUUGGAAGCUUCUUUUUCAUUUUUGAAGUUUCGAGGAGGUGUGCGUACUUUGCGUCUACAGGAGUGGAUGGAGUUAGUGCUUGGUUCAAUGCAAGAGGUCUGGGAAUUGUUCGUAGGCGCGGAGAAGGGGGGGAGCGGGAGGGGAGCAACGUAGUCGGUCGACGAAAAAGCGAUACACAAGGGGAUGGGGAUGUAUACAUCGAAGACUCUCGAGUAUCGCACUGGAUAAGAGAAGGGCAGAGGAAUGUAACCGAUGCAGAUGUGAGUUAUAACCAGUCGAGAACGGUACAGGGUAGAGUGGUAGCGGUGAUCAUACUGCUUGUGGGAGGGGCUGUAGGUGCGUUUAGUUACGAGUUGGUGGGAAGACCGUUUGAGUUGAUGCGUGUGGUAAUCUGGGAGGGGAGGAAGCAGUGGGAACAGGGGAAGCGGGAGCCUGGGUAUCGGUCCCCCUCUCCUUCUGCAGCGAAGGCUCGGAAUAGAAGUACAACUGCGAACGCAGAGAACACAGACGAGGCAGGAGCUACAGGGCUCAGUACGGUGGGGAGAUCCACGAUCAAGGGGGCGAGAGCGAACGCAGUGGCAAGAGCGGAGGCGAUGGGUCCGAGAGCGUUUAGAAGAAGACCUGACUUCAUGGUGUUAAGGACGCAAAAUACGUCGGGGACGAAUGUGUCGAGGAUUUAUGAGAGGGCUAAGAUUCCUCGUGCUCCACACCCAUUGCGGCUGGUUGCGGCUUCGAGGCACGCAUUGAACUCCAAUAGUGUCCAUGGUACGGCAUGUCCAAUGCUUACUAGCUCGAUUGCUUUGCAACGACGCAAAGCUCAGCACAUGUCACCUUACAGUGCGUCUCCGUCUCAAAGCGGAACAGAGAACACGAAACCGGCACCAUCAGAGAAGAGGAGCGACCGAAGCAGACGACCAACACCAACACUCGCGACUCGUCCCGGCUUCCUCACACUCCUCAUCGAGCACGCUCAAACAACCGUAAAAUUCGACCGACUCCACGCUGGCGGCCCAGACCCAUCUAAAACAUAUAUCCCUCUGCUGCUCCUACACACCUACUUUAUCGCUCCCUUUCUCCCUGAGAUCCCUAAACCGAUACUAGACAACGAAAUCACCCGUACUGCUGCUGGGGUUGAUAAGCAUCUACAAUCUUCCUCCGACUCUUCCUUUGCCUCUGUCUCUCGAGAUGAGAGAUCAAAAGUAGAGGAGAUCAGGAGUAGGGUCAGUACAGUAGCUCAACGGACGCUAUUGAUGUCGCUCGCUUCGAGGAGGAGGUCGGCUGAUUCUCCGGAGGCUAAGCUGAAGAGAAAUUGGAUUCGGAAUAAUCCUGUCAACUUUAGCUUGGCGUCGAACAAGGCUCCAGGAGGUAACAUUAGUGCGGGGGGAGCAGUGAUAGGGAAGAAAGCAGGAGGCUUUGGAGCAAGUGAUCAGAAGACGCUGCAGAAGGGGACUAGGUACUGGGCCAGUGGGAGAACCAUGUGGGCUAUCAAACGUCUUUGUACACCUUAUGGUAUCGCUUUCCUGGUGUUUGCAUGGUUAGGAGGAGAUCUAAACUAG